AUGGGUGCAUCAUCAUCAACAACAACUCGUUCAAGUUCUAGCAAUAAUAGUGGUUUUCGAAAAUAUUCUUUUAGUCCAACACCAGCUUGGAGUUGCAUCACAGAAAGUAUCAACUCAUCGCAUUUAAAUAUGCCAUCUAUAUUUAUGAGCGUCGUGUAUCUGACGUUAUUCUUGUGUUGUGGCUUAUCUGCUCGAGAUGCAAUGUUCCAGGACGUACAUUAUGAACUUUAUCAAAAUACGACAAAAGAUACAGAAAAUUUACUCAUGAAUAGGUUAAACGAUACUCAAUAUUGUGGACAUUGCAUCCAUAAAUAUUCAUCAAAUAAAAAAAUUGAAUUAAUGAAAAACCUCGAACGCAUGCGAACAAAACAAGAAAAUAUAUUAAAAGUGACGAAAACAACGUUUAAUAUACUUUCUGUGAUAAAUGUUAUUACGACUUUUGUGAUCUUCGGUGGUCCGAAAUCGAUCACAAUAGCAACAUUAAUUAAUACAUUGAUGGUGUUUCUUUCUCUUUAUGUUUCAACAUCAUUGGUGAUAUAUUUUGAAAGCUUUAUUAUUAUCUUAUCUGUGGUAACAUACGUGAAAUCACUUGAAGCUCUCAAUAAGAGUAUGAUAACGGUAAAUAUGCGACGACAACCAGCAAAAGAACAUUCAGUGUGA